CAAAAGUAACCGGAAGCCGCGUGUUUUACUUUGUUGACUUUGCGGAUGUGGGGACCAGCGGCAAGAGGUGGGACGGGAGAGGGGAGUGUGACAGCUUGGCUUCCCCUCCUCACAUGGCGGCAGUGUCGGGGAGAUCUCUAUUUGUGUGGCCGCUGUUGUGGCUCUGCGUCCGGCUGUCCGAGACCAGUAAAGCCGGCGUCUCUCUGGAGGACGACAUCCUGCAGCCGUACGCCGGCGCCCACGGCCCCGUCCACUCCCACCGCCGCGUCAGAGACUGCCAGGCCGUCGUCCACGGCAACCUCACCCACGAGAGCCUCAGCCCCCCCGCCGGCCGCGGCGCGCUGCCGGCGGCCGAGUCCACGAUGUUUGUGUCGGACGUGCCGAGCAGCUCCAGGCGGGUCUACGGUCACGUGACGUUGGUCCGCGACCCGCUGAGGACGCUGUCGGUGCUGGAGCCCGGCGGGCCGGGGGGCUGCGAGGCCAAGCGGAGGGCCACGGUGGAGCAGACGGCCGCUGGCGCCGGCUGCCUGUACGCCCAGAACGCCGGCUUCUUCGACACCGUCUCGCACCGUUGCCUGGGCAACGUGGUGAGCGACGGGCGGCCGGUGCGGGACAGCGGGGGGGUGCAGAACGCCCAGUUCGGCAUCAGGAGGGACGGCAGCCUGGUGUUCGGGUAUCUGUCCCAGGAGGACGUCUUGGACCAGUCCAACCCGUUCAUCCAGCUGGUCAGCGGCGUGGUGUGGCUGCUGAGGAACGGAGAGGUUUACAUCAACCAGAGCCUGCAGGCCGAGUGUGACGAGACUCAGGAGACGGGACGGUUCCGUACCUUCGUGGACGUCGUGUCGGCGAGGACGGCAGUGGGUCACAACGCCGACGGCGACUUGAUCCUGUUCCACAUCGACGGGCAGACCGGAGUGAGGGGCAUGAACCUGUGGGAGGUGGCCGAGGCCCUGAAGGACUACGGAGUGAUCAACGCCAUCAACCUGGACGGAGGCGGCUCGUCCACCUACGUGAGCGGCGGCUCGCUGGCCAGUUACCCCUCAGACCACUGUGAGUCGGACAGCAGGUGGCGCUGUGCUCGGCCCGUCUCCACCAUCUUGUGCGUUCACCAGCGGCGUUGCCGGCCUGGAGACUGCAGCGGCCGCCGCGUCUGCACCGCCAAUGGUUGUGUCUGUGAUGCUGGAUGGAGAGGAGAGAACUGUAGCUUAGGGUGCCUGCCUGGUUUCUAUGGCGACGGCUGUAAUCAAACCUGCGCUUGUGUCAACGGCGCCGCCUGCGACCCUGUCAGCGGACGCUGCGCCUGCCCCCCCGGUUUCCACGGCGACACCUGCGAACGAGUGUGUCCUCUGGGCUUCUUCGGCCCGUCCUGUACCAACGAGUGUCGCUGUGACGACCAGUGUCCAUGUGACCCGCAGACAGGAAGCUGUAACGCCACGCUGCGAGGGGAGAGCAACCGUACCUUACACACAGGUACACACACACACACAGCUGGACGUUGUUUGGCCAAACAGAUGUUCAUUAGUUGGAGACGAGACGAAGAAGCCCACGGACCUCGUCUAACAGAGCGCACCUGGCUGACCAUCACCUGCACCUUGGCCUCCCUGCUGCUGGCCAGCCUGCUGCUCCACCUCCUCCGUGGCUGCGGCGGUGCGGCGGCGGCGGCGGCUGCUGCCGCUCGCCUCGCAGGGCGCCGCCGGGACUACGCCUACGUCCCGCUGGUCAGCGUCAACGGAGCCGCUCGGGACGACUUGGACUCUCAGGAGGCCGUCUGGUCCCCGGGGGACGUCGGCGGGAGAGUGUGCCGCGAGGAGAGAAGGUCAGAUGUUUGCUGAUCAGAGAUGCGUCCGGACCUCCAGCAGCCGGAGCAGAGCUCUGGUGGCUCUGGUUCCGCUGAGCUGAAGGACCCAGGCACCAUCAGAUGAAAUCCACUUAGUUGCUCUAUGAGGGUAAAUUGAGAUGAAUGUCUCAAAGCCUGCUGAAAACAACUCGACAAGCUGCACAAGAAGUAAAUCUGAAUGAACCCGGCGAUGAGACGGAGGAGCGAAGGAUGGAGGCAGCAACAGAAAGGUGAAGAGGUCCAAACGUUCUAAAUACAGCCUUCUGGGUUGAGCCCAGCUUGGAGGCGGACCAGCUGGGACGCCAUGACGAGUUUUUUUCAACUCGGAAACAGGAGACCUUUGAACUCCUUUGCUCAAAAGCAACUGAUUUUUUUCAAACAUUUCAUUCUAAUGCACUGAGCUCCGUCUGAAUGUAAAAUGAGGUUCGUCUCGCACAAAAUAAAGAAGCACAAUUUUCUUGCAGAAGACACAAAUCUUUGCUCCUUAUGAAAAUGAUCAAUUUAUUAAAAAAAAAAAAAUCCUAUUGAUCAUUAAAGUUAUUUCUUUGCUUCUCUUAUUCUGAAAUGAUCCCUUCGACGUACUUUUACUCUGAAGUGCAUUCCGAUGCCUUGUGUUCUCUAGUGAUGCAGAGCUUCACUCUGUAGAACAAACACAAUAGAACGUUACUCAACAAGUGUUCAGUGACAACAACAAACGGGUCGAUGACCCCCUGCUGUGUUUACACAAGGUAGUGUUGUGCACCACGCACACACACACACACACACGCACAAAGUAAACAUUAACCCGAUUAUGUAAAGACGCUGCUGUGGGAGGCCCUGAAUGCAUCGCUGUGACGGCUGGAUGUGAUGUGAUCACUUCGUGUGGGACAUUUUGUCCGUGAGACUCACACCGAACACCUUGUUAUUAAAUGUAGUAUCAUGUAAUUACAACAUGACUCAC